GAAGAGAUUUUAAUGAGAUUUCUGAGAUAGCCGAAUUUCCCUUUCCUGUUAUCGUAAGCGGCUGAGUCUGGACGAGCAUUGGCUGAUUUUAUGUUCUCUUUGAGAGGACCAACAACAGAUUUCUGAAUAUGGAACCGAGAACCUGUAGAUUGCUACUCGUGGUCGGUUUGCUUUUGGAGUUGACGUUUUGUGCGAAUGAAAAUCCUGAUUGCCCCCUCUUGAUCCAGCCUCCCAGAGUGGUGGUGAGACAUGGAGAUCCAGUAUCAGUGAACUGCACCAUUUCAGGAGAUCAUGAUGGAAUGGGCUGGAAGGCAUCAGAGAGAUCCGUUUUCUGGGAAGAACAUGUCCAGUUUGUCACCUGGCGUUUGAAGACUCUGACAGACUGGGAGAUAGGACCUUAUUGCUACGCAGAAAUUCCAAUUGAUCUAGAAGAUACUUUUCUCUGUAAUCGAAGCCUCAAUAUUGCAGUGUACAAGCCUCCAGACAGUGUCUUCAUCAGUGUUGUGAACCACACAGGCCCAAUGCUGGAGGGGAAACAGUACCAGCUACAGUGUGAGGUCCAGAACAUCGCUCCUGUUCAGUACCUCACUGUGAAGUGGUACAAAGGGGAAAGAUUUGAGAAUCAAGCCUCCUAUGAUGAUCUCACUAAGACUCCAGUGAAUGUGUCCUCUACCCUCCUGAUCACACCCACCUGUGCUGAUGAUGGAGCACAGUACAGCUGUGUGGCAGAGCUGGAACUGGGACCUGAAGGACCACAACCUUCACCUGAAGUGAAAUCUGAUCCCCUCAGCAUCCCUGUACACUAUAAACCCAGGAUCACUGAGUGGCUGGAGAAACCGAGGGAAGGUGAAACUCCGGAUAAUUUGGUCUCCUGUAGAGCUGAGGGGAACCCUCUGGUCACUAAGGGCCUGACACAACUUUUUCUUCUGGCAACCAUGUUAUCAUUUUUUAUUUGCUACUAGCUCUGUUCAUAAUGUUAUAAUAGCCAUUGUGCAAAUACAGUGCUUGAUGCAUUUACAUGAAAAAGCCAAUUACUGUGUCAGUCAACAUUUCUUCUUGAUUUUUACAAAUAAUUCAAUGGAAUAAUAUAUUUAUUUUUCUCAUGAACAUAGUUCAGUAAUCUCCAAGUCUAACUUGAGAAACUAACUAGAAUUUAAAAAAUUGUAACUUGAGAAUAAAAAGUGUUGUAUUCAAUUGAAGGUUAAGGAAAAAUGUUAAUUGACUACAGGUCAGAGGAAUCUACAUUCAUAGGAAUUAUAUCAAAAUGAUAAUGCUACAGGUGUCAUUCAGUCAUUAAAGUGUCUUGAUUUUA